ACGCUGACCGUUAAAUAUUUCAUAAAUAGGUUAACCAUUUUUAAAACACAUGUGUUUAUGAUGCUUUAACAUAUGAAAGGAGAAUAAAAAUUCAUGUAGAUGCUUACUAUGAAAUAUCUUGGAUUUACAUGCAUUCUGCUGUUGCUUUUAAACGAUUGUUCUGCGAAUAACGACACAACAAAACUAAGUUUAGCAGAUAUAGUUAAAAAUGUGGCUCUUGCAUUCAAGAAAAUAAAGAAUAACAACGAUACUGUACCCAUUACAGAUGAUAUAACGGACAAUUACGAUGAUAUGUUGACCAAUGUCAGGUCUGCUUUUGAAGCAGUGAAUAAAGUCGAGAAUGUGUCGGAAUUUAUUCAAACAAACGCACAAUUAAAUGAUGUGUUAGCGAAGUUUGAUGUGCAAGAAAUCUUAUCAUCAAUUACAAACAAUGCAAAUGUCAUAGAUCUCAGCAAUUUAAUGAAAAAGAAUGAUCCAUCAAACAAAAGUUCUUCGAGAUGUUUAAAUGAUACCAGUAGCAUUGUUCCUGGAGUGGAAAAAUCGAAAGAUUGGGCCUUACGAAUGAUUGAUGCUAAUGGAAAGCCUCCAUCGGGACUGUUGAACUUUAUUUUAACCUGGGAAGGAGAUUAUGAAGAAUGUCUUCGUAUUACAGCCGAAACGUUUAAAGGACAAUACUGUCUAGGUUCUUUUUUGAUCACAGGAAUUCCAAACCCGGUAACACAAGCGGAUGGAGUAUCAGUUAAAAUUGGAAUGUGUAUACCUGAUACUUGUACGAAAGAAGAAGAACUUGUUAUGUUAAAUGCAGUCGUCCCUAAAUUGACCAACAACCGAAUAUAUGCUUAUGACUUAACGUGUCAGGAACCAGGUCGUAAACUCGAUACCAGAGCUAUAGCCCUAAUUUCAGUUUGUGCUGUCUUUGUUGUUGUUAUGACAAUCGCAACAGUCUUUGACAUAAUCACAAGACAAAUGUUCAAACGCAACAAGACAAGUAAAUAUACGGUUAAUUCAUCAACUAAUGAAACACAAGAGACAGAUGCAAUAAAAGGUGAAGCCUACUCAAAAAACGCAGAUAUUCCUGUAGUCUUUAGUACAAAAGAACAAAGUAACAAGGAGGAAGAAAAAACAACCAUUGAGCACGGGAUCCUUGGACAAUUACUGUUAUCCUUUUCCGUAUACACAAAUGGUUCCAAGAUUCUAAGCACCCACCAAUCAGCUGGGACUUUAACAGCUAUCAAUGGUAUCAGAUUCAUUAGUAUGACCUGGAUAAUACUGGGUCAUACAUUUGUCUUUGGAUUUAUGCAGGGGAGCGUAGAAAAUAUUGCCACGAUGUUUCCAACGUAUAUAAAGAGGCUCUCAUUUAUGGCUGUCAUGAAUGCCCUUGUUGCUGUAGAUACGUUCUUUGCGCUCAGUGGUCUUCUUUUAACCUAUUUAACUCUGAAACAGAUGAAGAAAAGCAAAGGAAAGAUUAACUGGUUCCUAUUCUAUUUUCAUCGGUUUUGGAGAUUGACCCCUCCCUACAUGUUGAUUAUGGGGAUUUACAUAGCAGUAUUUCCGUACAUUGGAAACGGACCUUUCUGGCCCAAGGAUGGCUUCGAGAAAAACUACUGUAAAAACACGUGGUGGUGGAAUCUAUUAUACAUUAAUAACUUCAAACCAGUUAAGGAAGAGUGUUUUGCCUGGACCUGGUAUUUAGCUAAUGAUAUGCAGUUUUAUGUAAUCAGUCCAAUCAUUAUCCUACCUCUUUACUUUUCGAAGAUAGCAGGCACAAUUGUUAUAAGCAUCUUUUUGCUUGCAACAUCAAUAACAUCAGGGAUUGUAUCUAAGCAUUUUGAACUAGGAGUUUCCACAUUUGGAAAAAAUGGUGGCGCACAUUUUGACGAAUACUAUCAGAAACCGUAUUGUCGAAUGGGACCUUAUCUUCUAGGCAUGUACACAGGUUAUCUCCUGUAUAAAUGCAACUGUAAAUGUCGUAUUAACAGGUACCUGAACUUCUUGCUGUGGAUAGUAUUUUCCAUAAUUGCUGUUCUGGUACUGUAUGGAGUGUAUGGAAACUACAACGAUAAUCCAAUGUCUGAAGAUGUUACUGCUCUUUACAACGCGGUCCACAGAUCUGCAUGGGGUGCUGCCAUCUGUUGGGUAAUAUUUGCGUGUGCUACGGGAAAUGGUGGCUUUAUCAAUACUGUACUCUCCUGGAAGAUGUUUAUACCCUUUAGUAGACUGACGUUUUGUGCCUAUCUUUUACAUCCCGUGGUACAGUUUUACUAUUAUGGAUCCAAGAAGAAGAUGACAUAUUGGGAUGACCACCAGACGAUAUAUGAGUUUCUUGCACACGUGGUAUUGUCAUUUGCGGUUGCAUUUAUCGCCUCACUUGCAUUUGAAUCACCAAUGAUGGGGCUAGAAAAGGUCAUUUUCAGACGAGAAAGGAAGAAACGUGCACUUUAAUCCUACGCUGUUACAUUGUAAAUACGUUUUACCACAUAUGAGUACAUUUUGCAUAUACAAACGUUUUAUACAUUUUGAUAUACAUACAUAUAUAUGACUGAUUUUCAAUAUUUUUAA